AUAGCCCUGUGACGUCAUCGCUUCCUCGAUCCGAGAGUCCGCCGCGCCACGUGAUUGGGAGCUGCCCCGCCAUUCAGAGGCGAAGCGAAGUUGGGGGGGAGGGGGGAGGCGUGCGAGCGAGCGAGUUAAUUGGCUCGUUGAUUGACGGCUUAAUUAUUUAUUUGUAAUUAAUGAUUGACGUCUGAGCUUGUGUGUGUGUGUGCACGGCUAGGAGCGACAGCCAAGUUCGAUUCCACCACCGCGCCCUCUCGCCGACCGGUAGACUACUGGGCCUCCCUCCCCUAAGGAAGCGGGAGUGGGCCAUCCAUAGUGAGACGGAAUGCCGUUGAAAGUUUUCUUCUGGACUCCGAACAUUGUAGGCUAUGUUCGCCUACUGCUCCUCGCUCUGGCGUGGUGGCGGUUGGACUCCCCUCACCUGUUCGUGGCUCUCUACUCCACCUUCUCAGCUCUGGACUGGAUUGAUGGGUGGCUUGCGCGCCGCCUGCGUCAGACCUCCGAAUUCGGUGCCUGGCUCGACUUGGCCAUCGACAACCUGGGCCGUGGGCUCCUGUGGAGUCACCUGUGGCAGGGCUGUGGCUACCUGCUCUCCGCGCUCGAGUGGACCGUCUUCGUUUGCAAUCACCGAUCGCUGGGAGCCGACUGGAAGGAGAACUUCGACGGAGCACCGCGCUGGGUUCAAGCCGUCAUGGCCAACGGUGGUUGGUUCUGCACGCCGGUGGGAUUGCUCGCCGUCAUGGGUCUGGACGCCUUACUCCUGUGGCUCUACGUGAGCCAGAACCGAGAGCCACUGGGUCUCGCUCCCUUCACACUGCUCACAGCUGGCACGGCACUGCUGAUGAGCGGGCGCGCGAUGUGCCUGGGCGUGGAGGUUCGUGACGUCAUUUAUGGACGGCCCCGAAGGAGCGCCGAGCCGGAGUCUGGCCCCAGUACCAAUGUCGUCGGUACCCAAGAGGCAGAUGGCCGGUGACGAUGUUCAACCCGAAGAGAUCGAGGGGCUUACCUUUGGCGAUGACGGCGACAACGCCGACGAUGGAGCUGAUGAUGACGACGAAGAUGAUUACAGCUAAGAUCGUACAAGUGCGGUGGUCUGCAACAAACGAUGGGGAGUGGGGGAGUGGGGGAGUAAACCGUGAGGCACUACACAGCUUCUGCUGGAAGAGUAGUUACUACUAAUAAUAAUAAUAAUUAAAAUUUAUAGCGCGGCAUUCCAUAUAUUUCAAACCCUUGUCAGUGCCCUACCUUAUUGUAGGCCAACUCAGACCUCAUAGGUCACCCCCGUGCCCUUGUGAAUCUCAACGUUCUUCCUAUGCACUACACUAUAUACUACACUCC